CACUAAGGUUGAGCAAAUUACCUUCCAUACGGAUAUGGAAGUAACAUUUAAUUACAAAACGGAUGGAACACUUUUUUCAAAGCCUAUUGAGGGAGAAGGACCCGCUGAAGUACAAAUAAAAAAUAUUCAAAUGUAUAUGAACAUGCAUUUUGAAAUUAUUGAAAAAGAUGGUAACAAAUAUUUCGAUCUAAAGGAUUUCGACAUUUCGUACAAUAUAAGAGGCAUGGCUGAAUUCACGUUCUCGAAUCUUUAUUAUGGAGACAAAGAACAAAGUGACACAAUGCAUUCCCUCAUAAAUGAAAAUUGGAAAGAUUUUAUAGCUGAAUUCGGAAUGUUCUUUUUUUCCGAAUUUGGUGCCAGUCUUUUUAAGGUGUUUAAAGACUAUGAUCUCGACACUCCUAUUAGAAGUUCCUCUUCAUGCUAAAGAAACUAAUUACAAUUUUAUUUUGUCUGUAUGGUGUGUUUUAUAUCUACAUAUAAUAAAAAAUCAACAGAUGCUUUAU